UUCCUUUGACAUUGAAUGCAGCACAUUACAUGUCUUCACGUCCAGUUUCCACAUUCUCGCCUGGAGUGAUUCAUGUCGUCCUAAAUGCAGUUAGGUACAGCCCGUGCUCUUAAAACAAGAAACGCGCAUUUCGUAGUCUUAAGUCAAGCCCAGACAUGCCCGAUACUGUAUCGAGUGAUCCCGGUUCGAAGGUUUCGGACCCACAACAUUCCCAGAAACUCCUCAGGGUGCUUCGCACCUUCUGGCAAGAGCAGAGUUUCCACGAUGCGCUGCUGGUGGUUGAUGGAGAGGAGCUUCCUAUCCAGAAAAACAUCCUAGCUGCUGCCAGCCCUUAUAUCAGGACCAAGCUGAACUACAAUCCUCCAAAGGAAGAUGGGUCUACAUACAGAAUCGAGCUGCAGGGGGUCUCCAUGCCCAUCAUGAAACAGAUCCUGGACUACAUCUUCAGCGGUGAAAUCACUUUGAGUGAAGAGACCAUCCAGGACAUGGUGCAGGCAUCUGACCUCCUCCUCAUGACAGACCUCAAGUCCCUGUGCUGCCAGUUCUUAGAGAGCUGCAUCACUGCAGAGAACUGCCUUGGCAUCCGGCUCUUCUCUCUGCACUACUGCCUUUACCAUGUCCACUAUGCUGCCACCGAGUUUCUGCAGACACAUUUUGGUGAUGUUGCACGCACCGAGGAGUUCAGAGAGCUGCCCCCGGACCGGCUCUGUGAGGUGCUGGCCAUGGAGAAGCUGAAUGUGGGCAAUGAAAAGCAUGUGCUAGAGGCUGUGGUGCGAUGGUUUGCACAUGACCCCGAGGAUCGCAGGGUGCUUAUGAAGGAAGUGAUGUCUGCAGUGUGGGUGCAGGGCCUGGAUGCAAGCUACCUGAGAGAGCAGGCCAUGGGAGAGCCGCUGAUGAGGGAGGUGAUCAGAGAGUACUGUCAGCAGGUGCUGGGUGCUGGUCCGCUGCAGGGGGAGGCUCUGCUCGCUGCCUUCAAACCCAGAGGUUACUCUGAGUGUAUUGUUAUCGCCGGAGGAGAGGAUCGCAAAACCAAGAAGCCAUCUGCUGCAACACGCUGCAUGUGUCCGCUCUAUGACACCAACCGACAGGCCUGGAUUGAGCUACAGCCAAUGAGCGUCGCCCGUGUCGGCCACGGGGUGGUUGCUGCUGAGGGUUUUCUGUUUGUCAUGGGCGGAGCAGAUGAACACAAUACAGUCCUAGACAGUGGAGAGAAAUAUGACCCUGACUCCAACACCUGGAGCUCCAUACAGCCAAUGCUACAGGCUCGUCAGAGCUUUGGUGUGGUGGAGUUGGAUGGUCUGAUCUACGUUCUUGGAGGAGAGACCAACGAAACAGAGCUGCUCACAGUUGAGGUGUAUGACCCUCACUUCAAUACCUGGAAAAUGCAGACCAGCAUGACCAUGGUCCGCAAGGUCGGCUGCUAUGCCUCCAUGAAUAAGAAGAUCUAUGCCAUGGGUGGGGGCUCCUACGGCAAGCUGUUUGACUCUGUUGAAUGCUUCGACCCCAAAACCUUGCAAUGGACAGGCCUCUGUCCUCUAAAAGAGAGAAGGUUUGGGUCGGUGGCAUGUGGCGUCGGCCAGGAACUAUACGUGUUCGGUGGAGUUAGAAGCAAGGAGAACGACAACCCUGAGCAAAGACAGAUGACCACCUGCAAGUCUGAGUUCUAUCAUGAUGAGAUGAGGAGGUGGAUGCUCUUGGAUGACCAGACACUGUGUAUCCAGACCAGCUCAUCCUUCAUUUACGGUGCUGUGCCCAUUGGAGCCAGCAUCUAUGUUGUGGGAGACCUGGACACAGGAACGAGCUUCGACUACAUUCGGGAGUUUCGCCGCAGCACUGGGACGUGGCAUCGCACAAAGCCCAUGUUACCCACUGACCUCUCCAAAACAGCCUGCGCUGCGCUACGCAUCGCCAACUGUCGACUGUUCCGCCUUCAGUUGAGCCAGGGCAUGUUCCGAAUCCGAAUGUGACUUUGGCACACGAACUGGCGCUGCGUCGACUUCAUGCUCCACUUUUGCACACUGGUAAUUUCUACCUGCUGUAGGCCUUGGUUUAGGGAUUUUAUGAACACUAUAUUAUUAUAGUUGCUAGAUAUUGAGGAUUGUGACUGUCCAUUCAGGAGUUUACAGUCAACUGAGACUCGAGGGGACAAAAGAUCGUUUACCGUUAUAAGUUUUAUGACUGUUUUUUUAUAACGCUAACUAUUUUUUCUUUUUAACAUGAGAUUUGAUCAUUAUUUGCUUUUUAUUUUUAUGGACAUUCCUCAUUUGUUAUGUUUACUGAUGAUCUGUUGCUUGGUGAGGGAUCUAAACUGUGAACAACAGGUGAUGAAUUAUCUACCGCAUUGUUACAUGAGGAAUUAUGAUUGACAUUUUAAAUGCACUGCUGAGUUGCAAUUUGUAUUUUAGGAUGUAUUAUGUUGUUUGUUGGUGUACUGUUCAUCUUUCUGGCCAAUCAUUUACAACAUAAUCACUUGUCCUGAUUUUUGCAACAGCUGCAGUGGAGGUGAAGGGUUGAAAAUGUUGUAGCCUCGUGGGAAGUGAGACUUUGGUCUCCUAGAAUCAAAGAGCUGUGGGGCGUUGUGCGUAAUAACAAUGAUCUUAUGGGUUCAGUGCAUGUUACACUGUGCGAGUUGGCUCUAAUAAAAUUUUGGUAGCAAUAUGCGUAAGACUGUACAGUAUCAAAUUUGGGACCUGUCAGACUGCGAAUUGUACUGUUACCAUGUAAAUAGGAAAAAAAAAAUGCAAGCAGUGAAAUGUCAUCAACUCGUGUCAUCCGUGUACGCCGCUUUCUAGUUUUAAAUGCAGCAAAACAAAAAAAGUUUGUGGCCAUAGCGUGGGCACAGUCAUGUUUUUUUUGUAGCUUUAUUUUAAAAAGUGUCGCUAACAAAAUUGCAUUGGCCAUUGUAUUCUGCUUUACCUCAUGUUGUUCUCUGAUUGGGAGGUUACAGUAGAGCCCCCGAGGGAAGGUUGUGCGUGCGACACAUUUGAAGAGUUUCACUUGACAUAAAUUUAAGAGCAGUGCAACGUUUUCAAUUUAAGCUUUGCCGAAAUCUUGCAGUUGUCUCCUUGGUAACCAGAGACCCCCUGCUCUUUUCAUGCUACGAGUCUAUUUCUGUCUCAUUUAGUGAAGCAUAAUCUGCACAGGAAGUUGUUUAAAAUCACACAAAUAUUGCUCUGUAUAUGUGUUUUUAGGUUAAGGGUAUAUUUAUUGAUGGAUCAGCUCCCUCUGUAAGCUGCAGAUUCCCCUCACUCGCUACGUUGGGCAGGGAAAUAAAUGAAUUACUAAAAACAAACACUGUUGAUUUCUUCCCAUGGCACUGACAUGAAAAAUAUUUUUGGUCACUAAAAGUCUGAUGUCUGCCUGGUGAAGGCAGUUCGGCCGGCCGCUGUCCUCUCAGCUCCAUGGGAGCUGCUGCUGACAGACACACUGCACAUUUAAGACUACUUAUUACACUUAAUUUCUGUCCAAAAUGUGUCAUAUGUGUUGUGCAACACUCAUCAAAAGUGUCGUGUGCCCAAACAUAAAUCAAGCUUAAUCAAGCUCCUUGGUACCAAACAUGUCAGUAUAGCUUGUUGGGAAGGGGACUAAAUAACCAAAGUUAAAUUUUGGUGAGGGAACAACUUGUAUGCCAGUUUUCAAAAGGGUCCCUUGAACUCUGUGUGUCGGUAACUGUCUACAGUAUGUAAUGUCCAUGCACAUCAGAUAAUUUGUGACAUCAACUGUAAAAUAAAAAACCAAAGUAUCAGACAUAGUUUUCAACUAGCCUAUAUACUUAAACGGCAUAAUCGCAUUCCUGAAAUUCAGUUAUGGCUUUUGGUUGUGGUGUUCCACCCGAAGAUUUUCAGUAGCAUCAUGUGGCCACUCCUAUGAAACAUUUCUGGGGGUGCCAUUGGGGUUGUAGAAGCAGUCACAAAGCCCUCUAGCGGCUAUAGGAAUUAUGUCUGCUGUGAAUCGAAAGCAAAAGGGGAAGUAAUGGGAGAUUUUUAUAAAGCUUUAAGUAAAGGAAGGAGGUUGGGUUGGAUGGAUGGGUCAGUAAAAUAUCUGACAUGGGAGACUUUGCCUGUUUCCUAGUGACAGUCAGCAUUACUUUCUUUUAACCAUUCCCAACAUUAAUCAAAGAGUUAUUAGUGUAACAAAGUGGAACUUAUCCCACAGUGCAUUGCACAGACUCAUGGUUUAUGCAUAGAAUGGAUGAGGAUCUGAGAGUGGAUUUUCCAUGAAGUCAUGAGUCACUGAGAGACAAUGCAACACAACAGUAACCUUUGCUGCGUAACUUGUUUCAGUGAGUGUAUCUGCAGCAUCUCCUUCACUGAAAACACCCCUGGGCAGAUGACUUCCACAUUUUCACUGACGUGUAUUCCACAAACUUGCUGAAUGUUUAAGGUAAGAUAAGACAAGAUAAGAUGUCCCAAAUGGGAAAUUUGUUUUGGGCACAUGUGCUCUACUCAGUAGUCAGUUUUAAUUGUUGACCAAGCUGUCUGGACCCAGCCUGUUCAGAAAUAGACUUUGCUGCAAGUGACACUCCUCAGUUGCUGGAUGCGUUGCUGCCUUUGUGACCUCUGACCCGGCUUUCCAGUCAGUACAGUUUUGGCAUCCCUUGACCCCAUUUGUUCUGUGUGAGUUACAGCUGCUGCUGUCGGUCCUCGGCUCCUGGGGCAGCACAUACAAACGUAGACACACUCAGUGGAGCUCAUGGAGUGUUGAUACAAACACACCUCUUGUAAGAUCAGGAAGAACAUUCACUGCACACAAGAAACUUUCAGGGUUUAAACUGAGCUUUUGCCAGUAAGGUCCUAUAAAAAGUAGUCUUUAAAUACAAAAAUCUAUGUUCUCGUUAAAAUGAAAAACUAAUCAAACGUGAGAAAAUGAUUUACCAUUUAAAGACUCUAUAUUCAUGUGUUUUGUGUGGAAAAUUGUAAAAAAAAAAUGGAUGUGUUUGAAUCAGUGGGAGUCGGUGCUGUUCACACACCAAAUCAAAAACAAACCCCAGCACCAAAAUUCAAAACAGGAUUUUAGAACUUUCAAACUGAGAGAGAAGGCAUCCUGCAGCACCAGCUGGACAUAAGUUGAGUCAACAUUUAGUGAUAGAUUGUAACCACCUAGUUUUACACUAAACUUACCACUUUGUUGAGGUGCACCAUCUCGCCAUUUCUGUUGUGCUUUGAUGUUCUAUUAUGAUACCAAGGUGAAGAUGGCUUUAUUACACAUAGGGUCAUAAAUAGUCACAUCAGUAUUCUUGAAAACUUGUAUUUUGGCGAAGAGAUGGAAGUCAACUCCUGAACAGUUGACAGUGCCUUGUGGAGUUUUUGACAACUAGUAGUGCUAUGGAGCAAUGUUUUUACAGGUUUACAAGUUUGUUUGUAUUUACAAACAAAGAAGUGCAGCAACGCAUGUCUACAGGCAGGAAAGGCAUGAAUGAUGGUGACUGUAAAGUAGUGUUUGAAGUGGGCCGGUACUCACCGUUACACAGUCCUGGCAAUUGAUUACAGAGCUGCAGUAUGCAGUAUGAGUCCUGGCUCAUACUGGUGUACCAUAACUUUUCUUGCGCACCAGGCAUUUCUCACAAGUUGCUGUACUCUUGUCUUCCCUCUCCAUGCCUUCUCUGUUGGCGGUGAGUCUAAGAAGCAGCUUCAUCUUCAAAAGUCAAAUCAUACGUUACUAAAUGCAGGCCGGGAGCAGCAAGCUAACCUUAGUGCCACUUCUAGCAACAAAGAGUCUGUUGAUGUAACGUUAGCAUCCGCAGAACCAGCAAGUCCACCGCAAGUGAUGACAAGACUGGUUCCUUUAAGUAACCCUGCACGUAUCAUUCAUCUGCCACAAGCAAACUGACUCAUAAAACAACUCUUUCCAUCUCCCCAGUGCACACACCAACAUGUGAAUAAGGGGAGUACUGGCACUUAUGUUUUUGCACUUCAAGCACUGCUGUAGAGCAUAAUACCAAGCAUGCAUGUCAGUGACAUCAUAACUCCACAGAAAUGUAGUCUGUUACAGGAAGUGUGCUCUCUGUAUAAAUAUCAAAGCAGAUUCUCCUCUGGCUCUUCCAUCAUCACUUUUCUCAAGCUGUUGCUAACAGGAAGGAGUAACUUUUAAGUUUAGUCUUUAUUCUAUGUUAUGUUCAGCUGACAAAAAAGCCAAACUGUUAUUUUUUGUUAUAAUCUGAAAUACAUAAAAAGGUCAAUGUUUUCAUUGUGUCAAACCCCAGAUCAAGCCUGUCGGUAAAAGAACAGUCCCCAGACAGUACUCACGCUGAUAUGACUCACCAGCUGAAAUAAAGGAUUUCCUGCAGUUCAUCGUCACUCUCAGCACAACACAAAGCUGAAGGACCAGUCUCCUGAGGCCCAUAUGUCAAUAUUGUGCUUCCUUAUUUUUGCACAGACACUAGCAUUCCAUAGUGUCCAAUCAUUUACAGUAAAUACUACAUUACAUUUCCAAGCUGCUCUGUAUCCUAAACAACACUUAUUCUCAUUGUGGAAACACCUUAUGACUUUGUUGUGAUACACUGGAGCAGAGCAUAAGCGAAAAUAAUAGCUAAACUGAAAAGGUAUAGCGUUAACCAAAGCUGUGUUGUGCAAGAUGGGCAGUGGAACUGUUGUUUCAGUUUGUACUUUUGUUAGUGAUGCAUGAGGAAGUUUUGUAAGAUGUUGGUCAUGAGUGUCAUUCAUUUAC